AUGAGUGGUAAAGGUCAAGGGAAAGGGAAAGCGAAAAUUCUGGGUAAAGGAGUUUCCAGGUCUGCAAGGGCUGGCCUUCAAUUUCCCGUUGGCAGAUUACAUAGGCAUCUUCGUAACGGAAACUAUGCCUUUCGUGUCGGUGGCGGAGCUCCUGUUUACUUGGCUGCCAUUCUUGAGUAUCUGACCGCCGAAAUAUUGGAGCUUGCCGGGAAUGCUGCACGUGAUAAUAAAAAGUCGAGAAUUAUUCCCCGCCACAUUCAAUUGGCCAUUCGUAACGACGAAGAGCUGAAUAAAUUACUUGGACAUGUUACAAUUUCCGAAGGCGGAGUGUUGCCUAAUAUUCAUCAGGAUUUGUUGCCAAAAAGAACAGGGAAAGAGAGCAAGAAAGGAAAGACAGCUGCUGCAUCACGACCAGCUGACGAAAAUGUCGGAGCUGAAGAAGAAGCCGGCGAAGAAAUGGGCGGCGGAUCCGAAUAA